CUGUUCGAUAGCGUCCGCCAGUUGAUCGAUUAAUCUGCGAUUGCGGACGUGAAUGGUGAGAGAGGCGAGGUGCGUAGCGUAAAGAGACGACUUCAGCCUGCAAAAGCAAACGUCAGCCAACGAAGCCUCCGAAGCAGUUUGUUUGUAAAUAGCGAGCGUUCGUGGGCCGCACUGAUCCGGCCCAGGCCCCCAACGGUUUACGGAGUGUGUGCAUCCGACGUCGCUAAAGGGAGUCCAGGGCUUGCACGGCCCAUUUAGCCAACGAGCCCUUCCCUCCCAGGUGGACCCCCCGAUUCAAAAUGGAAAUGGGGGACCGAGUUUACGCGGCCGAGCGCAUAAUGAAGAAGCGGCUUCGCAAGGGACGAGUGGAGUACUUCGUGAAGUGGAAAGGAUGGAGUCAAAAGCACAGCACUUGGGAGCCAGAAGAGAAUAUUCUCGAUGGCAGAUUGAUAGAAAUAUUUGAACAAGGCUGGAAUCCUUACUGUAAUAGAUACAGAUCGAAAGACAAAGAUUCACAAUCACACAAAAGAGGCCCGAAGAAAAAAGAGCGGCUCCAAGAUCACGCCCCAGUUAGUAUUGGCAUUUUGGAGGAUGACGCGAGCUCUUCCAGCACGCCUAUCACGGAGAGGAGGUCAAGACUUGACGCUGUUUCGGCAGAUGAAGAAGAAGAGGAGGAUUUCGAAGACGGAGCCACGAGCUCAAACAGAGACGCUUCCCCUGCGGACAGCAGCAAGGCCAAGGACGGCCACCACGGUAGCAUGAAACGCAAAGCGGAAGUACUAUCAAUGGAAUCCGGCAAAAUUGGGGUGACCAUCACGACCAACCACUCGCACAAGAGACUUAUGACUUCUCCAAGGAGCCAAGCAUAUGAAGAAUCAUUCAUCAAGUCGCUUCAACUAACACCAGUGAACCGGCGGCCGUCGACCGAAGUCUCUACGCAGGCAGGCCAAAGUGAUAACAAGAGCACGGAAAUCGGCGGCGACACCUCAAAAUCGUCGCAGUCGUGCGAAGCGGUGGCGCCGGCCAGCUCAGCGAGCAAGGUAAGCAGCUCGCAACUGGCGAUCGACACGUCCGGCCAGCGCAUGAAGAACGGUGAGCUGGCCACGGCGCCCGGGUCGCCGCAUCUGCCCCCGGGCCGGGCCGAGGCGCCGCGCAGCCCUGCCAGCGCCGAGUAUUGGCUAAGCAGAGCACCGAUGGCCGAGGAAAUUGUGAUCACUGAUGUGACCGUGAAUCUUAUGACCGUCACCAUCAGAGAGUGCAAGAAAAAGGACGGCUUCUUCAAGACAAAAGAGGAGGAGGCCAAAAUCGCCAACUGAUUUUGUUGGCCCGUCAGUUCUCUCUUCAAUUCGUGGGCAAUCGGCGCAGGCUAAAACUUUCCCCUGUAACAGGUAGACGCAUCUAUUCUGCUGCUUUCUUAAACUCUCUGUCGUGUGGAUUCCUCAAUUAAUUUCCCUGUAGUUGUAAAGAAACGCAAAAUCUCACUCAAGGAGCGGCAAACCCGCGUUGGCUUGCAAUUAUUUGACCGACUGCCAGUUUCUGCGUAUAGGGCAUUAGUAAUCUUUAAUUACUUUUACUGCAUUUUUCGCUUAUUCACAUAGCAAUACACCGCGAGAACAGUUUGUUUUUGAAAACAAACACGGACAGACAAGCUAUGAUGUAUUUUACAACUUACCUUUCCGAAUAAUGUAUGUACUGCAGGGGUUGUUAGUACUGAUUGUGGGUAUGAAAUACCGUGGAGCCGAUUUUAUAUUUAAUUCCGUUUUAUUAGUAUGACGUGCUGCGUUGAAUGAAGAGUUGAUGUUUCCUGAUGUAAGGAUGGACAAAAACGAGAGUGCUCGUUCGUAGAAGUCAUUGUACAUUUUAUUUAUUUUAAAUGAAACUUGUAAUAUUUUCGCUUUAGGAUGUAUGAAUUGAAUAGGAUUUUAAAUGAACUACGUUUAAAUGUACACUUGAAAUUAAAUGUUUUCUUUUGAAACAAC